AUGACCACAGUGAGGGCUCUGUUAUCUGAAAAUCCAGCUGUGAUUUUUAGCAAAACAACAUGUUGUAUAAGCCACUCGAUCAUAUCACUCAUAAGAAAAUUUGGGGCAAAUCCUAUUAUUUAUGAGCUUGAUGAGCUUGCUAAUGGAGAUGGAAUAGAAGAAGAGUUAAUGGAGUUAGGUUGCAGCCCUAGUGUGCCAGCUGUGUUCAUAGGGAAGAAGCUUGUUGGAGGUUGCAAUAUUUAA